AUGUCAAGAUCGCAGCCUCAAGAUCCUCUCUUUCGAGGGAUAGAUGUCACUGCUUCAUCGGCCGUGCCCGCCGGCCAGAGCAGUACUGUAAAGAUGGUUGUUAUCUCUGUUAUAACCCAGGGCGAACUUGCCGAUCAUGAGGUUCCCUUCAUUGGUGGUGGUGUCUACAAGGCCAGUGAUCCAGCUUUAGCCGGCUACACCGUCCAAUACAAGCCACCAUUCAAGGCAUCUAACUAUGGAGGAUACUACACGUACUUGGUCAACAACAACACCGUGGGCAUCAACAAUGCUACGGCUCAGACAGAGCCAAUGGGCAUCACGAACUCGGGCCAGAAGAGCCUCAUGUUCCCGUUCUUCACUGUGAAUGAAGGUACACCGAAGGAGAUCAAUGUUACCAAAAGCCACUCGAUUGAGCCAAGGGGUGACGGCAACGACGAGCGCGUCAAGGGCGAGGGCAAGUUCAAGAAGAUCCUCCAUGUAAUCUUCGAGAACGAGGUGUUCGGUUGGACCAUGAAUGAUUCGUACUGGAAGCUGCUUGCCAAACGUGGGAAGGUUUUGACGAACAGCCACGGCGUGACCCACCCAUCAUUGCCCAACUACGCCAGUCUCAUCGCUGGGGACUUCUUCGGCAUUGCUAACGAAGACUUCUACAACAUUAACACCACGACCAUCUAUGACCUCCUCGACGCUGCAGGACUUGACUACGCUACGUAUGCCGAGUGGUACACACCUCUCGCCACGGCACGGGGCCCUAAUGACUGCAAUAACGAGUUAUUCAUCGGCCCGCUCGACAACACAAACCCAGACUGGAACAGCCCUGCGUAUCGCCGUCUAGACGUUCCGGCCUUGUUGUUCCAAACAUACACCACCAACUACACUCGCUGCAGCAAGAUCUACAACGCCACUGCACAGUUUGAUGCCGACGUAUUUUCCCACAAGCUUCCAGCCUACUCCUUCUACGUACCCGACAUGCUCCACAACGGCCACGACCCAGAAUCCAACAGCGACUACGUCCACCAGCCAACUACGGCUGGAAUUUGGUUCAACGCCUUCCUUGACAUGUAUCUGGAGGAAUUGACAGAGCAGGGCACGUUGGUGGUUGCAACCUUCGACGAGGCUACAUGGCAAAAUGACUCUGACAGUACACCAAACAACAACAACGCAAUUGCCACUAUUUUGUUCGGCCAUGGCAUCACCCCGAACACCAAGGACGACACGUACAUCACUCACUAUGCUGCACUCCGGGGCGCUAUCACCAACUUCGGCCUUGGUUCUCUCGGACGUAAUGACACCAACGCUACUAACGGUGACUUGACAUUGUUGGUCAACUAA